AUGUGCAAGUGGGAUUUGUUGACAUUCAGAGAUGAGGCCCUCUCUCAACGGGGAUGGACAUUUCAGGAACGUUUGUUUUCCCGCCGGAACCUGCUUUUCGCGAGGGAUAGAGUGUAUUUCGGGUGUGGAACAAGUUUUAUCUCAGAGGAUGGCAUCGAGCUGAUCGACGUAUUGAAAGCGGAUCAUACAAACCAGCCCCCCCACAGAUUGAUCACCGACCAGAGCAUAUAUGAUGGUCCCGCACCGCCCGAGAAUGAGCGCGCCCACUGGAAUGAGCUAGUGGCACUCUAUACGCAAGAGUACGGCAAGGUGCUGGGGGGCACUUAUGUAGCUGGGCUUUGGGAUGGCUCUCUGGUGCAGGGAUUAAGCUGGCAAUCUUCUGAAGAAUGCACGGCCGUAAGUGAGUACCGUGCGCCAUCCUGGUCAUGGGCUUCUGUUGAUGGCCCUUUGUGUAAGUCCUCUGUGACCACCGAGCCCAUAGCGUCCGUAAUGGGUUUACACAUUGAGGUAGACGGCAAAAACCCCUAUGGACGAGUGAAAAGUGGUUGGAUCAAGAUCGAGGUGCCCCUUGUUCCUCUCGUCCUGUCGGGCGACAACAGCCUGUUGAUGUUUGGCUGCAUAGGCCUUAAGACAUCAGAUGAAGAGGAGAAUUGCCUUACUGGGAGAGUUGACACCAUCAACAGCCAGUUCGACGAUCCGGCCGAGACGAUCAGGGCUAUGAAACUUUUUGGCUUGGUUAUUACCGAUUUCAGCCUAACACCCGAAGAACCUUUCUAUUUCUCGCUCCUUGUAACCCCUACUGGCGAUGACCUUGGAGUAUUGAAGAGGGUUGGCUGGACUCUCGGACGAGAAUCAGAUUAUGGGCCUCUCGAUCUUCGUGCGCUCAGGCCUAUAGUAACGUUAGUUUAA